AUGACAUCAAUAUCAGAUAGAGAUUCGGUCAUUGCUCUCACUGUCAAUCAAUCCAAAGUAGUAGAUACCCUAGGCGAUGAUGCUUCUGAGUACAUUACUACCACUUCCCCCAAGGCCGAGUCUUCUAUCGAGUUGACAAGGCAGCGAAGACACACCUCCAAGAAGAAGAAGGUCAUGGAGAUCAUGAAUCUGAUCAAGGCGAGGAGGGUCUCCAACGGGUCCACGAAGUUUGUGCCCUACCGUCGAGGCCUCUCAUGA